CUAGGAGGAACAGGCAGCAUGCACAUGCAUGCAGAUGCAGGCUAAAACUCAUUCUACAUGUAUGCCCUGGAAGCCAGUUUUAACUUCACAUGACCUUUCACAAGUCUGUUCACAGUGGCUCCCUCAGUUCCCCAUCUUUUGGGCCAAAUCCACCAUUUGUGCACCAAAGUAAAUACCACCUACCUCAGCAAGAGGUCAAAAAGCUCAGAGCAGUCAGUAAGGGAGGGAAAAGCCUGUAGCUCCCAUCUGGAGAGGAGCAUGUGGACGUCAAACUUGAGAAACAUGGAGAAGUGUGGAGCAUGCGCAGUAGUACAUGUUGACGUCACCCAUUCCUCAGGCCCUCUCUUGACGCCUCGUCAGUGGUAGAGACUGACCGAACAAUAGGCCUCGAGGGAGGUCAUUCCUGGGGCCCCACUUCUCUCUGUGGCUUCGGCCCACUACUAGUCAUGGCCAGCAAGAAUGAGAAUAGCGAGGAAAUAGCUGAGGUCCCUACCUCAGAUGGUGCCUUGGCGAUGGUGGGUGGCAACCCUAGUGGAGGGGAUGCCUGCUGCGUAACGGCACCAAAUAACGGGGGCCACCAGGUCCGUGAGGGCCAGAACGACUCAGCUGAGACUGUGAUUAGGAUUCCGAGGCGCCGUUCAUCACGAAGGCAGCGGCGAACUACUUUCCAGUUCACACUGGGGCAGGUCGAGGAAAUGGAAAAAAUGUUCAAAGAAACCCAGUACCCAGAUGCGCUUGCCAGAAAAGAACUUGCACAAGCUUUGAAUGUUACUGAAGUCAAAGUGAAGACAUGGUUCGUCCAUCGGAGAGCAGAAGAGAGGAAGAAUGAGAGGUCUGUCGUAUUACAGAGCAUACCUCCUCGUAUUGAAAAGGUCCUUCUCCUUAGGGAAAGGGAAGACAAUCCCUAGAGUGCAAUCUUUGUUCCGGAGCUAGAGGGAAAUCUGCUGACACAUGUACUCAAUGUACAGCUUCACUAAAAUUCAGCACUCAUGUUAACAAUAAAAACAUGAAUUUCCAAGUUAA